CUACGCUCAGCACAUAUGCAUGAGCAGUGAGAUUUGGCCUCAGUAGCAUUCGCGCGGACUUAUCGAACUGGAAGGGACAGGCUUAUUCAACAAUUGAAGGCCACAAGAUUUGACCCUGAGGUCUUUCCAAAGUUUCGAUCAUGACUGAGACCCAUGAAGGUGGCGAGGAUAACGAUGAGGGUCAUGGCGGCGAGGCCCAUCUGCUGCUCGCCAACCUCAUCAGUCGAGCAAAAGCAUUGCUCGCCGAGCUUGAGCAAUUUCGACAGCAUCUCCGCAUCAUCCGGCAAGAACAGCACAUUGAGCUCGCGCACUUUCGUGGAACAAUACAAUCAGAAUUGAGCAUGCUAGAGAAGCUGCACAGUAAACCCGAGACCGAUUCGACGACUCAUGUGGCCAAGUCGUCGAAUCUGCCUUUCCUUGAGACAGUCUGGAAAACGGCCAAAAAGUCGAGUCACGUCGGCGCUCUCCAGAAGCGAGUCUACUACAAUAGUCCAUCGAAAUCACUAUCCUCAGCCAUGCACCACAUCAAUCUCGGCAUCAAGCGUCCCAGCGAAAAGGGUUCUCGAAAUGCCGCAGUCACUGUUGACUUGAUUGCAGACCAGGGACUUACUUGGACGAAAGUGUCGCUCGUCACCAAUCAUCGUAUUCUGAUGGACCUAGCUAAGCAAGGCUGGGACUCUGGGGGCUCCGAAGACGAAGAGGACGACGAUUUGCCCCCACGCAUGGACGAUGACGAUGCCGAUAUGCCACUCGUCAAGAAUGCAAAGGAGCUUUGUCAGGCUUCAGAGUCGUACAGAGUCCGGACACAAAAGCCCAAGGUCAAUCUCGUACUUCCUCGAAUACAGCUUGGCGAAACGAAAGAGGUCGAUGCUGUGAUUGAACGAUGCAGAGCAGCGGGCGUUACACUCUUCUGCGGCGAAAGUGUUGGCCAUGUUCCGGCCAUACAAGAAGCGCUUCAGACCAUGGCACCGGAUCCGAUAAAUUCCUUCACGAAUACACUCAACAUCGACUGCACCAUUCUACUUGCGCUUGUGUCCGAGUUCUCGCACGCCAGCGUUUCGAAAGAGCCAUGGUUCCACAAAUCGCUGCAGCGGCAAGUCGAGAUCGAAGAUAAUGAGAAUCUACUUCCUUCGCUCCUGUACCCAGCACUUGCGAAACGGGAACUUGUCUGCACGAGCGAAGCCGCUAAACGGAUGCGCGAGAUCGUGGACACUAUCGGCACGCCAUCAGAGAAGGCUCGUACUGCGAUUAUGAUGGGCGACGAUACUUCAAAGACCCACGGCCAGCUUAUUGAAGACAUGCAACAAUGGUCGGCGUAUCCAGUACCUUCUGACUGGCAGUUGCCGAUCCGAGUUGUGAAUAGGAACGAUGACGACUGCCAGAAGGAAAUGCAUCCUAUAGCCGUGCAAAUACUUGACUCCAUGUCCAAGAUCAACUCGUCGGUGUUUGGCUACGGCUGGACCAGCGGGAAUACGACAAUAACCAGCAACAGAGUCGUUGUCAAACAGGUAGAGAACGAACUCGAAAAGUGCGAAGAUCUUGAUGACGCUGUCUGGCCCAAGAUCUGGCUUUGCCCCACUGCCAGGUCACUUGUGGGCAAGGAGAAGAGAGGCGCUAGUAAGAAGGACGUGAAGGCACUGCCAGAUCCCCUGCGACGCGAACAACAACGCCGUAACGGGCUCGAUGUGCUCUCGCAACGCGCAGGGCAUCAAGUGGAGGAUCUACGUCCAGACGGCUAUCCUUGCGAAGAUGUAUUGGCUGCGAAGGAGGCUGCCAGCAAGGCAUAUGCGCAAAACGGAACUCAAGAAUUGGCAGAUAAUCCCGAAAAGUGACAUCCCAUACCGAGCGGACGAAACACAUAUCCGACGCUGAAUACGACCGGCUCGCAUCGAACGGUUAUGGCUUCUUCAUGCGUCCAUUGCGCGAGGUUGCUCCUGGGCCAUGGAGUCUAGAAUCCUCAAUAUCUCAUCACCAUCACUCGCGAAUGCCAACAGUGCUCGAUUCGAGUCGACAAAUGAGACUCUUGUCUGCGUGAGGUCUAGAACCACUCCAUCGAGCCCUACUCUUCCCGAUUCAAGGAUACAUAAAUAUCAUCUUCGCUCCAUCGAUGGCCGAAGUUUAUGCAGACUUUCUCUCUGCAUUUACACGUCCAUAUGCCUAAUCCUUUCGCUCGGAGAAGUCGUGCACUUUUCGCACGUCUCCAGCUGAGCAUUAGGGCCACAAUUGCAGUGAGGAAGGAAGAGUGCUGUAGAUGCAUUGCGACCGCCUCACAUGAAAGGCCUGACCUUGACUGUAUGCGGGCUUGAUGCCGAACACCACGACGAUCGCGAUCACCUCUCCAGGGCAGUUGUCAAGAUUUGUCUGACUGGCAGCUCACAAAAAAUUUCUCCCCGUGGAAAUCCCUGUUACCAGACCCAUAGCUACCCUCGCUGCAAAGUCAAUUGAGACGCGGAUGUCAGGUUCAGGGCCCCUUCAGGAACGAUAAGAUUCACAGGCCAUUGCAAAGUCUGUCUUCUUGGCCUGCCCUCCAGGGUGGUUCUUUCUCGACUGGCAAGCCAUGUGUAUGGCGCGCUUAUCGAACUUUGAUGACGGUAUGCCGAAAGCUUGUGAUGCUUGCCUCCCAUGAGCUUGGAUGUGAGGUCCUGUGUAACCAACAAUUUGUCCUCUGGCUCCCUUGGGAGGCGCUCGGGUACCAGAUUAAUGAUCAGCCGUUUAGCAACGAACGGCACGCCAGCGCGAUGCUGUGCCUGGCCAUCUGCCCAAGCAGCCCUCUGUCAGCCACCUUGAGCGAACUCUCACAUGUCACGAG